AGGCUUCCGUUGCCAUACUCAGGGACGUAGGUGGUGGUCAGCCAUAUUGUCUCUGAUACAGCAGAAAUCACACACUGGCACAGACACACCGGCGACGGAGGAAGGCAAGAAGCAUUGGAUUGACGAAACGUAGCCUACUGGGAAACAUUUCGGUCGUUAAAUUGAUCAAGGGGCUAUCCCACCGUGCCCCUGGUGGACCCUCCCCCCAUCCUCAGGCAAACCCCCUUCCCCUCCCCCCAAACUCAUAGUCCUAUUGGGGUCUCUCUUCCCCUUCCUUCCCUCCUCUUCUCCCUCCCCAUCCUCCCUGCACUUCAACCGCCCUUUGCUAUAGUAACAUCUCUCCAUCAUCGCUGCCAAGCUGUCUGACAUGUCAGGACCCGUGCCGAGCCGGGCCCGAGUGUACACUGAAGUCAACACUCACCGGCCCAGGGAGUAUUGGGACUAUGAGUCCCAUGUGGUUGAAUGGGGAAAUCAAGAUGACUUUCAGCUGGUGCGGAAGCUUGGGCGUGGCAAGUACAGUGAAGUCUUUGAGGCAAUCAACAUCACCAAUAAUGAGAAGGUGGUGGUGAAGAUACUCAAGCCCGUGAAGAAAAAGAAAAUCAAGCGUGAGAUUAAGAUUUUGGAGAACCUUCGUGGAGGUCCUAACAUAAUCUCCCUCAUUGAUAUUGUGAAAGACCCUGUAUCCAGGACACCUGCUUUGGUUUUUGAACAUGUCAACAACACAGACUUCAAGCAACUGUACCAGACCCUGACAGACUAUGACAUUCGAUUCUACAUGUACGAGAUCCUCAAGGCCUUGGAUUACUGCCACAGCAUGGGAAUCAUGCAUAGAGAUGUGAAGCCACAUAACGUGAUGAUUGAUCAUGAACACCGAAAGUUGCGCCUUAUUGACUGGGGUCUGGCAGAGUUUUACCACCCAGGACAGGAGUACAACGUCAGAGUUGCUUCCCGCUACUUUAAAGGACCUGAGCUCCUGGUGGACUAUCAGAUGUAUGAUUACAGUCUGGAUAUGUGGAGCCUUGGCUGUAUGUUGGCAAGCAUGAUCUUCAGGAAAGAGCCUUUCUUCCAUGGUCAUGACAAUUAUGAUCAGUUGGUGAGAAUAGCGAAGGUUCUGGGAACUGAAGAUCUCUAUGACUACAUUGACAAGUACAACAUUGAGCUGGAACCUCGCUUCAAUGACAUUCUUGGAAGGCAUUCUCGCAAGCGGUGGGAGCGAUUUGUCCACAGUGAGAACCAGCACCUGGUCAGCCCAGAGGCUCUGGAUUUCCUGGAUAAGUUGCUGCGUUAUGACCACCAGGCCCGGCUGACCGCCCGCGAGGCCAUGGAUCACCCGUACUUCUAUAACAUCAGUGAUUUCUUUAUAUUUGUUCCCACAGUCCACCGUUCCGGUGUGGCGGCCCCGCCCAGCCUGCCCAGUGGAAGCACAGCUGUUAGCACAGCCAGCAUGAUAACUGGUAUCUCUGCCUUACCAGCCUCCACUGCCCUGGGCCCUCUCACUGGCUCACCAGUCCUGUCAGCUGCCACCAAUGCCCUAAGCACCCCGGUGCCCGCUGGCGCCCCACAGUGACACCCCAUCCAAAUCCACGUUUGCCCCCCCCGAUGACCGAUGCCGCUCUGCCAGCUCUCACCACGUCCAACCUAAUUCAGUGUGACUAUGCCUCACCAACCUCCUGGCUGGAGAACAGGAAAAAAACUUUUUUUUUCAUGCCUUUCUCAAACGACUUUGUUAACCUGACAUCGGAAGUAGUUGUCUGUGUAAUUGAAAUAUACAGGUGUUUCUUUCAUUUUCCCACAAGCCGUAGUCAAUACAAAGGGGUGUGUGUGUGUAUGUGCAGUGAGAGCGAGUGCCAUCUUUGGGGUCUCUUCACCCAUGUGUGUUGUAGUUUGAGUAGUGAAGGCACUGGUGAAUAAGUACAUCCUCAUAAGGCAAAGGUAAGAUGUUGGCCAUCAGGACCAAAAGGAGCUCAUCCUGUAUAGUUGACUACUGCAGCAUCAUUGAAAACUAGACCAGAUGAGAACACUUAAUUUACCUCCAGAGAUGAGUCCAAACACCCGCCAGUUCACUGAAGUUUUGAAGUGUUUGGUGCCAGAUGUUGGUGAACACAGUGACACUGAAACACUUUCUCUGAGUAGCGUCUUGCCUUUCUUACCAAACCAGAUCCACCUGUCUUUGAUAAUGCAACUCUUGUCUGGUCAUUUGUCAUUAAUUUAUGUUGAAAUAUUCUGGAGUUCUGGAUGGAUUCUAGUGUUGUAUUAUGAUCUCUCGGAUCUCAGAAGCCAGGUAAGGUUCAUUCAGGUUCUCAAAGAAAUAAUUUCUUAAACAUGCUGCUUUCCAGUUCCUUGAGUUACUUCAAGAAAUAACCAAAGUUUACUCAGUUGGAGGAAGACUGACCAAACCUAGUUGUUACUCAUGGAGAUGCUGUGAUGCAGAUUGAAAAUGUGUGUUCUAGUGAAUAAGAUAACAUGAUAUAACAGUUAUCGAGGUAACAGAAGUGCAGUUAGUGUUGGAGGAAGGUUCAGUUCUGUUAACUGUAGUGACAUGGGUAACCUAUGUAAUAAGUAAUACCAUUUACCGGUUUUCACCAACAUGUUGAGGGAAGUCUGGAAGAUGAAAUGUUGAUUAGCACUUAAAGGGUAACAUUUCUCCCCAGUGUUUUAGUGCCAGAGUUUGAAAGUGUAAGUUUUGGACCCUGCUGUAUAUAUGCAUUUUUUUUUUCAUUUCAAAACCUUAAGAUGCAAAUAAAUCAGAACAAGUAAACUGAAAUGAGAACGGA